CGCCCGCCGCUCCGCCAGGGGCCGCUGUCCGCUCCCCUCCGCUGCCCUCCCCUGGGCCGGGCGCCGCUUCCCGCCGGGUGCCCAUGGAGCCGGGCGGCCCGCGGAGCCUCAGCGCGGCGGAGCUGCCGACGGCCCGCGGGCGGAGCAGGGCCCCCCGGUACCGCUGCGGCCCGAAGGAGGCCGCGCCCGACGGCUCGGAGGAGCAGGCGGAGCGGCUGCGGCUCUGCCUGGACGAGCAGUGGCGGUGGCUGGCCGAGGAGCGCGUGGAGCGUCUGGGGAACCUGGUGAAAGCUGAGUGGAAGCCAGAAAAGGGCAUUGUGGAGCUGCAGUCCCCUGCGGGGAAGUUCUGGCACACCAUGGGGUUCUCAGAGCGUGGCAAACAGUGCCUGCUGCCCGAGGAGGCUCUGUACCUGCUGGAGUGUGGCUCUGUUCAGCUCUUUUACAGGAAUCUGCCCUUGUCGAUCCAAGAAGCCUAUGAGAUGCUGCUGUCCCAGGAGGAGAUGAGCCUGUCCCAUUACCAGGUUUUCAGCCACUUGAAGCAACUGGGUUAUAUUGUACUGAGAUUCAACCCCAGUACGGUCCUGUCACCCUACGAGAGGCAGCUGAACCUGGAAAGUCACUGCAAGAGCUCAGGAAAACACCAUCGCAAAAGGAGGAGGAGUUCCAGCCCCGGGUCGCUUGAGAAGAAGCACAAAGUGUCUGAAAACCUUCCAGAAGCUGAAGAGACCCCCGAAAAAGCUGGAGAUGACUGUGGAGAUUCCAGCUGCCUUCCUUUGCAUGAAAAGCCCAUGUCAGAACAGCCAAAGGAACUGGAUGCUGGCAGUGGAGAGGAGCAAUCAAACCCAGUUCCUCUUGAUACAGGACAAAAGAACUCCCCAAGCCCCUCUAGGAGCAGGGCUGGAGACCACAAGGCGAGCAGCACUGGCACCCGUGCGCCGUGCUGGGAUUUUACCACCAUCAUCUUGCCAAACGUGGCCCCAGAUCAGCCGUGCACACAUCUGCCCUCACCUGACAGUGGGCUUCUGCCAGAAAAUGUGCCAGGGAGGGAAGUUGACGCAGCUUCCUGGUGUAGACGCAUCAACCUAAAACAGGAGAAGCUGUCACGGAAGGAAAGGGAGCAGCGGGAGAGGGAAAGCAGGUACAAGAGCAGUGUCAAUGCUGACAGGGAGGUGAGGCGCUGCUCCAGCUGGCAGGAGUACAAAGCCCUUUUGAAGCAGAGGAGCCAGCAGAGGGUUUGGAGACGACCGCCGCAUCUCUGGGACCAAGCUGUCACACCGCUUCUGCGGCCAGAGGAAGCUACUUCCACAGCUGCGAUCCUCCAGCAGAUCAGUGUGCUGCAGCCCUCCCACAUCCUGGAUGGAGCCUCCCGGCUGCAGGAGGACCCAGAGAGCAUGAAGAUAAGCUUCAACGUGUAUCAAGCCGAUGCUGUGGCCAGGUUUAAGAAGACAAACCCUGGGAAACCAUACGUCAGGAUGUGUGUUCAGAGCUUUGACGAGCAGAUCCCAUCCCUUCGGGCUUUGAAGCAGGUUACGUAUCAGAGCGGGGACGUCCCGGUGGUCUUUGCACUGGUGGAACACGGAGAAGUUGCCUUUUACUCGCUAAAGGAAUUCAAGCUGCCCGUUGAUGUCAAUCACUGAAGUUACUGAUGCUCGCCAAAAUGGCGUGAGACAAAGGGAAGAGCUUCACUCAGGGUUUGCUUUCUUGAUUAACGAAAUAUUAUGGGAAAUAGAGCCUGUGAUAACCACCUGGAACUUCGGGUAGCUGACUGUUGUGUUUGCUGCUACAGGCUUCACACUGCGGGGAGAUGGCUCUCGCAUGACAACAAAAUGUACCGCAAACAGGUGCGGGUGGCUUAGCUGGGGCUUUGUGGACUGGAGCACACACCGCUUGUUCCUGAAGGCACCGGUUCUCCAGCUUUCUCAUCUUCUGGACCACCAGUCUGCCUUUGUGUCAGCUUUGGCUGACCUGUGGACCAUUCAAAAAUACUUCAGUGGUGUAAAUCCCUUGUCCUGUGCUAAGAACCCCUGUGGCUGGAGUCGCUGAGGUCAGUCAGGGACAGAAUAAGCUGAUCAGAUCAGUGAUGGUGUCCUGAGCCUCUGUCGUUCAGUCGCACCAACAGCUAUCAGGUCAGACUCUGAUCUGAAAAAGUAAGAGCCAUAAAAUUCAGCCCCCAGUAAAGUUUCCAUGCACUGGAGAGCAGGAAGCUGUCCCUUGCACAUGGUUUCAUCAGUCCGAGAGCACAGAAAGCCCCAAAAUACGGCGGAUGGCCCCCAGCCUCCUGUUGCAGCUGUGCUGAGAUGUAUUUUAGCCACACAACAUCAUGGCAAAUUAAAGUGAUGCCACCACUGUUGGUGCACUGUUUGUGAUACCUCAGCAGCAUGGCGCCGCAGCCCCCUGUUUUAACCCAAUGUCCUCUCUCCUGGCUGUGGAUCCUUGUCUUUGUUCCUCAAGUGAGAUCCCUGAAUAAAGACAGAAGAUAGAAAUUCCUCGUGAGCCUUCCAGUCCUGUGGCUGUUGUGCUCCAGGCUGAGGACAUGGUUGUGUUCUGGGCCUUACAUGGGAGCCUUCUGCCAGGAUAUCCAGGUACCAAAUUUGCUUUAGCCUCUAUGCAAAAGUGCCGGUGACAGGUGCCAGAAAGUCUGCUCAGCGGGUGGAAGCUUGCUGAGCACAGCUGUGUUCAGUAUCUGGGUUCUUCAGAAGUGUAAUAGCAACUGAUUUAGAUGCAUUUUAUGUGAUAAUGUUUUCGUUCUUUCUGGAGACGGGGAGAAGGUUAAGCAAUAAAGAAGCCUUUUCCAGCAG